AUUACAUUUAUAAUGCACCAGUAAUAUUCGUUACUUUGCAAACAUAUCAAACGCGUUUUUUUUUCGUGAAACAUAUAGUAUAACUGUGAAAUUGACGUUUAUAGCGGUAUUUGUUAACUUAGUGUGCUCUAAAAUGGUUGAUCCAUUAAUUAAGGACCCAGAGAGCCUGGAUGCAGCGAGCGAGGAUUUGCGGACCUACUUGAGACGGAAGCACAUCUGGGAACUGCUGCGCUACCUCCUCAUGCAGACACUCGUCAAAAAACCUGUGUACCCACGUGAGUUCCUGGUGGAGCUGAUGGAGCACCUGGUGGAGUACCGCGAGUCGCUGCCCAGUGAGCACCUGCAGCCGCGCCUGCUCUGGGACCGCUGCCACGUCGUGGCCGUCUUCAGGGCGCUGGACCCGCAGCAGGCAGAGGUCAUCUCCAUCAGCCAGUACCACGUAGGUAUGAAAAUGCUGAACCUCAGCGAAUACGACAGGCAUCCUCCCACCACCGAAGGCGGACUCAUCACCAUGGACACAUUCGUGGAUGAAGCGUACAGGCGGCUGCUGAACGAGUUCCUGGCGAUGAUCGACUGCCUGCCGGACGAGCGCAACCUCUGCGGCUGCCGGGACCAGGUCUGUCCGUGCACAGCGCCCCCAAAGGAGUCGGCAGAGGAGCUGGCGGAGGAACAACGCGGGGAUGAGCCCCCGUGGAUGGGGCCCGCACCCACGUCUCUGGCCGGCCUGCUGGCGCACAGCCACGGCAGGUCCGGGCCAUCGUCAGAGCCCCCGAAGAGGUCCGUGGCGGGGCUGAUCGAGGACCACCACAUGGACAUCGGCAUCAGCACGGACGGCGCCUAACGAGGCGCAGCUUCCUGUUAACCCUGAAACAGAAUAUACCAGACGCUACUCUA